AUGAAAAGAUACUGCCUCGUAUUUAUCUGUAACCAUGAAAUUAAGGACUCUUCCCAUAUAUUUUUCCUGCUCGGCCUGGGCUGGGCCGAUGAACAAGCACCGAAAGUCUUAUCACUCCCUAUUCAGCGAAAUGCAGAGGUCCACCAGCGCUCGUUGACCCCCCGAGCAGGAACCCCCGUUGAACAGCUCGGCAACUACGUGCAACUCUCUUUAUAUGGCAUCAAUGUUACGAUUGGCACGCCUGGCCAGCAGGUUGCAGUCCAGCUUGACACGGGCAGCACUGACUUCUGGGUGUAUAGCCCAGAAGGAUGCAAAGAGGCUGGCUGUCAGGGCGGCUCCUUCAACGUGAAUGAUUCGUCUACAGCCUAUGUUCAAGACGCGAAUGGCUUUAACAUACAGUACGGUACUGCAGGGUCGUUUGUCAAGGGCGACUAUAUCUCAGACACUAUUCAGCUGCAAGAUAUCACUGUCAAGAAGAUGAACAUGGCAGUCGCGUAUUCGGCCAAGAAUGAACGGACUGGCAUCUUGGGUGUCGGUUUCGACGUGAACGAGGCUUUGGUGACCAACCAACAUGAGAAGCCGUACGCCAAUUUCAUUGAUCUGCUUGUAUCCGAAAAAGUUAUCAAUACUUCCGGUCAGAUCCUCUUUGGUGGCUACGACACCGACAAAUACACCGGCGAGCUCUACGGCCUCGACAUCCAGCCCGACGCAAAUACAAACACUAUCAGCACCAUGACCGUCGCUCUGACUUCUCUCGGCCUUGAGACGUCACACGAAGUUCAGUAUCUCUCACUAAGCGGUAACAAUGCUGUUCCAGUCUUGCUAGACUCUGGUACGACGUUACUCCAAGUGCCCUCGGACGUGUUUGAAGAAUUCGCAGAAGUAACCAUGCUCAAUGGGAACAAAGGCUGCAAGUUUGGCGUCCAAGAAGGAGAUGAAUGGAUUCUAGGGGAUACAUUUUUGCGAUCCGCUUACGUUGUUUAUGAUUUAGAUGAGGAGAAGAUAUGGCUUGCUCGAACCAAGUACAACAGCACGUCGUCGAAUAUGGUAGAAAUCGGGGUGGAAAGGGUAGCAGCACCACCAUCUCCAUUGCCGCCACGGGGCUUGUUGGAGGAGGUUGAAACUGGUGCUCCGUCAUUCUCGCUCCCAGCCAGUGCUACGGCGACAUUGACGGGCGGUCUUGGUCAAGCUACGAGUGCAACGGGCACUGCAUCAGGGACUGCAACGGGCUCGACCUCGUCUCCUUCUGCUUCGGGGUCCUCUGCUGCGUCAUCUACGCAGAUGGAUAAGUUGUCGUUUAUGCCGGCAGCAUUGGUCGCAGUUAUUGGAUUGUUGAUGUGA